GGUAACCGAAUGAUGUGGAAAAUGGGUCUUAAAAAAAGGAAAAUGAAAAGUAAUUUACAUCAAAUCCAUCGCUUCAACCGGUUUGGGCAACCAUUUGUUUAUUAUUAGGCGGGCAAAAUUCAACCCAAUUUCCUUUCCAUUUUACCUCUUUUGGUGCAAAUUCCAGACAACUUUCUGCUUUAUUUUUUUACCUCGUGCUUCGACGACGCCUGUUCAACGAGGAGAAAGCUACCAUUCGAAAUUUGGCUACACAUCUACCUAUUCCCAGCUUCGCUCGCUCAAGAAGAUGAACGGUAAAGGUAUUGGGUUCCAUUGAUUUUUUAUUUCGUUGUUACAAAUAAUAACUUGACAUUUUUGUGGUCUUUCUACUGAUUUGCCAUUAUCUAAAUUUACUAUUUUCGAGCAUUUUCAUUAACCCAACACAAAUUGGAACAUUUUCAUUUAUCUCUUACAUAUACUAUUUUCCCACAUUUUUCAUCCGAGUAGUAAGUUGUUGGUUUUGGGGCUUUAAUGUGUGAUCAGUUGAGAGGGGUUUUUUCAACUGUAAAGAAUUGGAACAUUGUCAUAUGCCUCAUUUAUAUGCGAAUUUCCCUCAUUUUUCAUCCUAGUCGCGAGUUGUUGAUUUUGGGGCUUUGCUGUGUGAUCAGUUGAGGGCGUUUUUUCAUCUGUAAUUACUGCAUAACGAUACUAAGCCUAUUUAGAAUUUUUGUUUAAGUAUUUCUGCAAUGGAAUUUUGUUAUUUUCUUUGUACAGGAAGUUAAAUAUAGUUUUAUGAAUUAUUUUAUUGUUAUGCUUCUUUAAACAUUGUAAUUGAUUUUUUUUUGUUGCGGGAAAAGAAAUUGUGGACUAUAUGGAUGACAUUAUUUUGUUGGGUUCCGAUAAUGAAAAUGUUAUGGAUAAUACGAACAGAGUAGGUGAUGAUAUGUUAGUCGAAAAUAGUGCGAUUGUGCCUGAGGUGGAUAUGAAAUUUAAGGAUGAAAAUGAAAUGUUCAAGUUUUACAAAAGAUAUGCAUACGACAUUUGUUUCCCAGUUAGAAAAAGAAAUUCAAAAAAGGAUGAUGACGGAAUAUUGAGAUAUAUUACAUUUGUUUGUAGUCGUGAAGGGAGAAGAAUCCAAAAUACGAGCGGUUCUUUCAAGCCAUAAACAACGAUUCAAAGUAGAUGUAAAGCCAGGAUAACUGGAUGUUCAGAUAUUUCUGGUGUAUGGAGAAUCAACACAGUAAACCUCGAUCACAAUCAUAAAACAAGCCCUUCGAAGUCCAGGCUAUAUAGAUGUAACCGAGAAUUGAGUGCACAUGUGAAACGACGACUUGAAGUAAAUGACUUGGCUAGAAUUCCAUUGCACAAAAGUUACAACUCUAUAGUUGUUGAAGCGAGUGGAUAUAAGAAUAUGACUUGCAUAGAAAAAGAUUGUCGAAACUAUGUUGAAAAAGUUAGACGAUUAAGAUUGGGAGAAGGAGAUGCAACAGCGAUAUAAUCAUACUUUUCUAAAAUGCAAGCACGGUGCUCGAGCUUUUACUUUAGUAUAGAUUUGGAUGAAGAGUUGCGGUUAAAAAAUGUGUUUUGGGUAGAUAACAGGAGUAGGCAAGCAUAUAAGAAGUUCGAUGAUGUUGUCACCUUCGACACCACGUACCUCACUAAUAAAUAUGACGUGCCUUUUGCCCCUUUUGUUGGAGUGAAUCAUCAUGGACAAUCUACACUUCUUGGAUAUGGUUUGUUAUCGAAUGAGGAUACAAAUAUGUUUGUGUGGCUAUUUCGGACAUGGAUGGAAUGUAUGCAUGGGCAAGCUCCCCAUGAGAUAAUAAUAGAUCAAGACAGGGCUAUGUAAAUUGCAAUUCAAAUCGUAUUUCCUAAUACAAGGCAUAGAUGGUGUUUGUGGUACAUAUUGAAAAAGUUGUCCGAAAGUUUGGAUACCGCAUGGAAAAGGGUUCAAUAUUUAUUACGAUACAUAGUUUGGUCUACGAUUGUCAAUUUAUAGACGAAUUCGAAAACGGAUGGAGAGUGAUGAUUUAAAUAUAUAAUUUGUAUGAUAAUGACUGGUUGGCGGGUUUGUAAUUUGAAAACCACAUUUUGGGCAGGGAUGUCAACAACUCAGCGUAGCGAGAGUGUGAAUGCGUUCUUUGAUGGUUAUGUGCAUUCAAAGAUGACGCUGAAACAAUUUGUUGAACAAUAUGAACGAGCACUGAGAAGUAAAGUUGAUAAGGAAUUCCAAGCAGAUUUCAAGUCUUACUCGCAAAUGAUACCGUGUGAAACGAGGUAUGAAAUGGAAAAGUAAUUCCAGACAAUUUAUACAAUUUUGAAAUUCAGGGAAGUUCAAGAAGAGUUCAUAGGUAAGGUUUAUUGUGAUCUCAUAUCGACUUUCGAGGGAUGUUCAGGGACAAUUUAUGAGGUGCAAGAGGACGUAAUACAUGAUGAUCAUUCUAAGAAAAAAAUGUUUUUCGUCUCAUUUCAAAGAGAAAAAUGUGAAAUUACAUGCAGUUGUAACUUUUUCGAGUUUUGGGGUAUUAUUUGUCGACAUGCGAUCGCAGUAUUGAUUCGUAAUAAUGAGAAAUCAAUACCGGAAAGAUACAUAUUAUGGAGAUGGCAACGCGAUGUGACCAGAGACCACACGAGGCUCACAAUAAACUAUGACGGUUUGAUCAGUACUCCUGGAUAGUUAAAGUAUGACAAAAUGUGUCAACAUUUUGCAACACUGGCAAACAUGACUGCAUUAUGAAGUUAAAUCCGAUGCUAUAAUUGAGUGGAUUGACACUCAGUGUAAUCAGAUGAUGAGGUCGAAGUCUAUUUCUGUUAGUAAUGUCAUGUCCUCGCAUAACAAUCAGAUAGCCUUGGAGAGUGGAGCAUCACAGGAUACUAAAAGUGGUAGCAUAUGGGAUCCAAUAUGUGUCAAAAGAAAAGGUGCGCCAAAGAAACUUCGCAAGAAAAGCCCAAUGGAAUCAAGUUUGAACAGAGUAAAGGCAACUUUGAGUUCAACCAAAGGGAAGAGACUUAAGGAAUCAAGUAAUAUGGGAGAUGUUGCACCUGUCAUCAAGUUACCUCAACAAGGUGGCAAUCAUGAUCUUCAAUUCACACAACACCUGCAAUCCACAUGUAUCGUCCUUCCAACAAGUGUUAUAUUCAAUAGUCAAGGUUGGGAUAGACAACAUUUGCAUGAUGCUACUGGCAGUGAUGCAAAACAGUCAGAAAUGCAUGGUGGUGGAGGAUUUGCAUAAUUUUUCACAAGUCUAGAGCAGAAUGGAAGUUGAAGAGUAAUUAAUCUUACUUCAUUGAAGCAAGUUAGAAUGGUGAAGAGUAUAUUUCUAACACUUCGUAGCAUUUUUAGCUAAUGUAAGGUAUAAUUAGCUGGGUAUGAUUUUGUUCUUCCACUGUUCUAUGGCUGAAGAAAUCUGGUUUAAGACCAAUGUUGCUGGAUUGUGUCAAAAUUAUCUUGUUGUGAUUGUACCGAGAAACCAUCUUUUAUUCUUAAUAGAGUUGGAGUUGGCAACAUAAAUUAUUGAAA